AUGGCCGACAACUGGGAAGACGAGGAGGAGAGGCUCGCACAGCAGACGGGCGGCAUCAACCUCAACAACAGCCAGCAGCAGCCCCAGGCCUUCGUCCCCGGCGCCGCAUCCUUCACACCGGGCGCAUCGGCCUUCGUCCCCGGCCAGGCCUACAACCAGUACCAGCAGCAGGGCUACGGACAGUACCAGCAAUACGGAGGCUACAACCAGCAGUACGGCGGCCAGUACGGCGGCUACCAGCAGCAGCAGCAGCAGCAGCAGCAGCAGCAGCAGGGUGGAUACCCCAACUACGGCCAGGGGCAAGGGCAGCAACAGGGCGGCUACCCCAACUACGGCCAGCAGGGGGCAUACGGACAGGGUCAGCAGUACGGAGGAUACCAGCAGCAGAGCUUCCAGCAGGCGCAGCAGCAGGCACCUGUGAAGAUCGCAAAGCGCGGCGAGGUCGACCAGGCGGCCCCCGCUGCUGAGCCCAAGCCCAAGGUUCUCUCCAUCGGUGGCGAUGCGCCCAAGCCCAAGGUCCUCUCCAUUGGCGCAGACAUCGCCGCGCCCAAGACUGAAAAGGUUGGCGGCACAAAAGUCCUGUCGCUCGGAUCCACAGCGCCCGCUGAGAAAUCGGCCAAGGAGGCCGUGGACAAGGCCGCGCCCGAGGCUGGAGCCAAGGUCGCUGCUGCAAAGGCCAUCGAGAAGACCGGCGAGCCCACCAAGACCUCGCCUGCAGGAUCCGGCCGCACAUCGCCAACACCAGCUUCCGGACGCAGCAGCCCUACGCCCACAGCAAAGGACAAGGUCAUCCAGAAGGCCGCUGACAUCGAGAAGGAGGUCGAGGAGGUUGUCGACGAAGCUACACUCGCCGAGAUCUACGGAAAGGAGCACGUCAACAUCAUCUUCCUGGGUCACGUCGAUGCUGGAAAGUCCACGCUCGGAGGCAGUAUCCUCAUCUCCACAGGCAUGGUCGACGAGCGAACACUCGACAAGUACAAGCGCGAAGCCAAGGACGCCGGUCGUGAGACCUGGUACAUCUCGUGGGCGCUCGACUUGAACAAGGAGGAACGCCAGCAGGGUAAGACAAUCGAGGUCGGCCGUGGCUUCUUCGAGACCGAGAAGCGCCGAUACUCCAUCCUGGAUGCGCCCGGCCACAAGACCUAUGUUCCCAAUAUGAUCGGUGGAGCGUCACAAGCAGAUGUCGGUCUCCUCGUCAUCUCCGCACGAAAGGGAGAAUACGAGACAGGGUUCGAGAAGGGCGGCCAGACACGAGAGCACGCCAUGUUGGCCAAGACACAGGGUGUCAACAAGCUCAUCAUCGUUGUGAACAAGAUGGACGACCCCACUGUCGAGUGGUCCGAGGAUCGCUUCAAGGAGUGCACCAGCAAGGUCGUUAUGUUCCUGAAGGGCCUUGGAUACAACCCCAAGACCGACAUCUUCAUGAUGCCAGUUAGUGCCCAGACCUUCACCGGUAUCAAGGACCGCGUCCCCAAGGAGAAAGCUCCCUGGUACGACGGACCGUCGCUCUUGGAGUACCUUGACGACAUGCAGGCGUUGGAGCGCAAGAUCAACGCACCCUUCAUGAUGCCCAUCGCCGCCAAGUACAAGGAUAUGGGUACCAUGAUCGAAGGCAAGAUCGAGUCCGGAAUCAUCAAGAAAGAGCAGAAGUACCUCAUGAUGCCCAACAAGGACCUGAUCCACAUCUCUGCUCUGUACGGUGAGCAGGAAGACGAAAUCCCCGGCGCCACAUGCGGUGACCAAGUCCGCAUCCGUCUCCGUGGUGUCGAAGAGGAGGACAUUCUGCCCGGCUACGUGCUUUGCUCGCCGAAGCGCCCUGUCAACUGCGUUUCCACAUUCGAGGCCCAGAUCGUUCUGCUCGAUAUCAAGUCUAUUUUCACAGCCGGUUUCAACUGCGUGCUGCACGUGCACGCCGCACAGGAAGAAGUCACCAUCUCGGCGCUGCUGCACAAGCUCGAGAAGGGCACUGGACGUAAGAGCAAGAAGGCGCCUGGGUUUGCUACCAAGGGCAUGAGCAUCAUUGCGCGGGUGGAGGUCACAGGCACAGCUGGAUCCAUUUGCGUGGAGCGAUUCGAGGACUACCCCCAGCUUGGUCGUUUCACACUAAGAGACCAAGGUCAGACCAUCGCCAUUGGCAAGAUCACCAAGCUCAUCACCGACGCCGCCGCUUAA